GAAAAUUAAAAAAAAAAAAAUUCAGGAAAUUAGAGCGAAAUGGAUGGACGUGCACAAUUGCUAAUCUUUGUUCUGCUGUCUGCUACUUUAGGAAACUUAAAACUAGCAGCAGCUCUUGCAGAGAGAAGAAAGCUUGCCGCCAAUACCUCGGGUUUCAUAAGCAUUGAUUGUGGGGUGGAUGAAGAUUAUUUCGACGAGCAAACUGAAAUAUUUUACAAGUCUGACAAAGAUUUCAUAAGCACCGGAGAAAACAAGUACGUGUCUUCCGGAAACAAUGACGAGGAUCCUUAUUUUGGGCGCAUAUGUCAGAGUGCAAGGUAUUUUCCGAAAGGUAGAAAGAAUUGCUAUACAUUGAGACCUGAGCAAGGCAAAAAUCAAAAUUACCUUAUCAGAGUGUUCUUCAAAUAUGGGAAGAAUCAGACUCCAAGGUUUGAUUUGUAUAUCGGGGUUGAUUUUUGGAUGACAGUGCAAACUUCAAAAUAUGCAUUGUAUGAGAUUAUUUAUUUUUCUUUAACCGAUGCUAUUAACUUGUGUCUCGUAAAUACUGGCUAUGGAACCCCUUUCAUUUCAGCAUUGGAACUGAGGUUUAUGAACCAUUCCAUUUAUAGAAUCGAGUCCAGAUCCCUAUAUGUAGUGGGACGAUAUGACGUUGGCAACUCAACCAAUAGGAACGUCAGGUACAAGGAUGACGUAUAUGAUCGGUUCUGGACUACAUUUAUCCCUGAUAAUUUUAUUUCAUUGAACACCACCUCAAAUAUUGACGUCCAGAGCAGCAAUAACACCCUUAAAACACCCAUGGAAGUUUUAAGAACAGCAGUCCAACCACCAAGUCCCCUCAGAUCAUUUAAUCACUCCUUUCCCUAUACGGAUAAUUCUAACAAUGAAUACUAUGCCUGCUUUCACUUCGCCGAAAUUUUACAGACUUCACCGGGCAAACCAACAAGGGAAUUCACCGUCAAUCUUAACGGUGCCAACUAUGGACCUAUUACCCUCCAAUACUUGAAGCCACUCACCAUUUGUUAUCCACCGAUUAAAUCAAGAAAUGUCGGAGAUAUUUUCAUUUCCAUGGAGUCAACUGUACGGUCCGUCCUUCCACCUAUCUUCAACGCCUUGGAGAUUUUCUAUGUAAUGCCGCCCCCUGUUUCACCCACACACCCAGCAGAUGUUGACGCUAUAAUGGCCGUCCGGCAAACGUACAACAUUAAUAAAGAUGAUGACUGGCAAGGAGACCCAUGUCUCCCAAGAGGUAUUACUUGGACGGGUUUGAGCUGCAGCUAUGACAGCAAUUCUCCAAGGGUCAUCUCUCUGAACCUCAGUGCAAGUAAAUUGACAGGAAAGAUUUCUUCCUCAUUCUCUGAACUCAAAGCGAUAGAGUCCUUAGAUUUAUCAGGCAAUCAACUGACUGGAACAAUUCCAGAAUUUUUAGCACAACUGCCAAAUUUAACUGUUCUAAAUUUAACCGGAAAUAGGCUUACUGGUUCAAUUCCUCAGUCUCUUGUCCAAAAAUCUAACGAUGGACUAUUGCAGAUGAGUUUGAACGGAAAUCCACAACUUUGCCAGACAGAUUCCUGUGAGAAAAAGAAGCAAAAUUUUCUUCUUCCGGUUGUUGCAUCUGUUACAACAAUUAUGGUGCUUCUCUUCCUCAGCAGUAUAUUUGUCUUUUGGAGAAUGAAAAGACAAAAAGCAACAUCACAAUCUGAGAAGGAAGGACGAGUAAUUUCAAAGAAUCGGUCCUUUAGUUAUUCAGAGAUUGUUAGUAUUACUGACAACUUUAAAACCAUCAUUGGAGAAGGAGGGUUUGGAAAAGUUUACUUUGGGGCUCUGAAAGAUAACACUCAAGUUGCUGUCAAAUUGCUCUCUCAAUAUUCAAGGCAAGGCUAUGAGGAAUUUCAAGCUGAGGCACAACUCUUGAUGAUUGUUCAUCACAGGAACUUGGUUUCUCUAAUUGGCUACUGUGAUGACCAUCAUAAUAAGGCACUGAUUUAUGAGUACAUGGUUAAUGGAAAUUUGCGAGAGCAUUUAUCAGAGUCAAGUGGAAGUACUUUAAAUUGGGAUGAGAGACUACAUAUUGCAGCAGAUGCAGCACAGGGAUUGGAGUAUCUACAUAAUGGUUGCAAGCCACCUAUAAUCCACAGGGAUUUAAAGACUUCCAACAUCUUAUUAAAUGAAAAAUUGCAAGCAAAGAUAGCUGAUUUUGGGCUAUCAAGAGCUUUCGCAAAUGAAAGUGUUUCACAUAUAACAACUCGUCCUGCAGGCACAUUCGGUUACCUGGAUCCUGAGGCUUAUGCAUCAGGAAUCUUUAAUAAGAAAAGUGAUGUACACAGCUUUGGGAUCAUUCUACUUGAGCUGAUAACUGGUCAGCCUGCCCUAAAAAGAGACGUCGAUGAAGAAAUCAUUGGAAUACAACAGUGGGUUACACCAAUAAUUGAAAAUGGUGAUAUUGGAAGCAUUGUUGAUCCCAGGCUACAAGGAAACUUUGACACAAAUUCUGCUUGGAAAGCGGUGGAGAUAGCCUUGUCAUGUGUGCUGGAUACAGCAAUUCGACGGCCAGACAUGAGUGAUGUAGUAGGUGAACUAAAGGAAUGUUUAGCUAUACUAACACCUGUUGUUGGAUCUCAGAGGAUGGAUAGAGGAAGUAUGAGAUCAAUCAAUUCACUUGAAACGAGGUCCUUGGAAAUCGACACUGAAAUGGCUCCUAGUCCUAGGUAGUCUCUCACUCUGCUAGUCGAUCAAUAUUAAUUUUUUUUCUUUUUAGAGAUGUACUACUUGCUAAUAUUUUCAAUUUGAAAUGAUAUUGCUAUUUAUGGUGUUUUAAAAAAUAUCUAUUAUAAG